GAGCAAUUCUGGAGCAGUUCUAUUCUACACAUUUAAUUAUGAUUAAGGAAAAGGUUUUUUUUUCCAAUAAUUGCAAUCUUGGAAACUUUCUUUUAUAAAUGGACACUGGAAGCAAAGUUUUUGAAUAUUUUUAAGACAAAGGUUGAUAGAUACUUGAUAAGCAAGGAAUGGUUUACCAUGGGCAGACAUUAAUGUGAACUCGAGGUUACAAUCAAAUCAGUGGUCUGUUUAGUUAAUGAUGGAGCAGCUCCAUCAGCUGUGUGCCUCUCUCUUCCCCUUGUUCAUGUGUUUGGCUCUGAGGGAACAGAGGUGACCAUGAUCUCACCCAUAGGAAGAGUAGCUCAAAGGGCUGAAUUGUGGACUCCUGUCCUUUUGUGUGGGAGCAUUAGUUGGGGAAAGCUUCUUGUUAAGAUAAUAAAGGGCCUGUCCCACCAACAUGAGACUGCAUGCGGCGAGCGAGACCAAAUGUCGUGGCUUGAGGCGUAAGGCCUCGCGGGGCCAGUCCCACUUCCAACCGGAGCCGUCUGGUGUUGUGCGGGGCUGGUCCCGACAUCAAUAGGCUGUUAUAGUUCAGAGUUUCAGAAUUUGUGUUUAAUAGUCUGAUGGCUGUGGGGAAGGAGCUGUUCCUGAACCUGGAUGUUGCAGAUUUCAGGCUCCUGUACCUUCUACCUGAUGGCAGCGGAGAGAUGAGUGUGUGUCCAGAAUGGUGUGGGUCCUUGAUGAUGUUGGCAGCCUUUUUGUGGCAGUGACUACGAUAGAUUCCUUCAGUGGUGGGGAGGUCAGAGCUGAUGAUAGACUGGGCAGUGUUUACAACUUUUUGCAGCCUUUUCCGCUCCUGGACGCUCAAGUUGCCGAACCAAGCCACAAUGCAACCGGUCAGCAUGCUCUCUACUGUGCACCUGUAGAAGUUCGAGAGAGUCCUCCUUGACAUACCGACUCUCGUAAUCUUCUCAGGAACUAGAUGCACUCAUGUGCUUUCUUUAUAAUUGCAUCAGUGUCUGGGACCAGGAAAUAUGCAUGCCCAGUACUUUGAAGUUCUGGACCUUUUCCACCAUUGAUAUAAAUGGGACUGUGGGUCCCCAUCCUACCCCUUCUGAAGUCCACAAUCAGGAUUUAAAAGGGACCUAAGGGCAACUCUUCCACAGAGGGUGGUGCAUAAUUGGAACUAGCUGUCAAAGGAAGUGGUAGAGGCGGAUACAAUAUGAUAUUUAAAAGACACUUAGGUACAUAGGAAUUAUUUGGAAGGAUAUGGAUUAGGCGCAGGCAAGUGGAACAAGCUCACUGAAGUAACUUAGUUGGCAUGACGAAAUUGGGCCAAAUGACCUGUUUUUGUGCUGAAUAGCUAUGACCCGGUCUAUGCAUGCAUAAUGGUAUCCAGCAUAUAUAUUUGUUAUGUCAUCGUUGAAAUUUCCAUGACAACAUGUACCUCUCAAAUAACACAACAACAUCCAAGCCAGAGGUGACGAGGACAAGGAGUGAAGAGGAGGCCAUGCCUUCUCAAAGAACUGUUUGUUGUGGGAAGAACCGUAUUUCAGAUAGUAGUAGAGGAAUGGAGCCCCCAGAGGGUUUGAGGAACAAUAUUAGUGGCAUUGAGGAAUCACCACAGCCUUUCAUGAGAAACAUGCCUAACUUAAUUUUGGCGUUUUCAUUUGUUGGUGUGACAGUCUUAUUUUACUUAUUCCCGUGCGUUUGGCUGACAAGGAAUGUUACAAUUGCAGUGCCUAUCCUGCGAUCUCUAUUUAUGAUCUUUACUGUGAGCAGCUACGCUCUGUGUUUGUGUAUGAAUCCAGGAAUUAUUGCCAGAGAUUCUGUCGACGUCAGUGGGGUUCUGGAUGCACCAGAGGUGAUGAUAAAUGGCACCAUAUUUACCAGCAAGUGGUGCCAUAUCUGUAAAAUCUACCGUCCCCCAAGAUGUCGACACUGCUACAGCUGCGAUGUGUGUAUAGAGGAUCUUGACCAUCACUGUUUCUUUCUUAAAAAGUGCAUUGGGAAAAGAAAUCAUCGUUUUUUCUACACUUUACUCUUUUCCUUAACUGUCUAUUUUCUUCUCAUGCUUUCCUUCUGCACUAUCUUUCUAGUUAAAAAUCCCAAUGCACUAUUUCUAUCCAAGAUCACCACUUUUAUUCUUGCUACAAUUUUGCUUCUUGCUUCUGUACCGUUAUUUUUCUUUUUCGCUUUCCACACUUACCUCAUCGCAGCUGGAAUGACCACGUAUGAGCAGAUUUUGAGGACAUAUCAAAGCGACAAGAAUCCUUUUCACAAAGGAUGUUGGAGAAACUUUACUGCCCUGUUGUUCGGUAACCAGCUAUCGAGUUGUAAAACAGUGACUGAAGUCACUGAAGUCACUGUGAUCCCAGGUCAUCUGGUGGAAUGUCCAUCCGUCAGUUCAAAGUGUGCAGACACCACAUCUACGACUUUUAUAUCCAUCCUAUCUCGUUCCAAUGCUGUUGUUCCACUACCUGUCACUUUUGUUCCUACUUUGCCCAACCGCCCUCAAAGUGCCCCCUUGCCCACUUUCUCUUACCUUAAUGAAAACUCUGGUGCUCCAUUUCAAACUCUUUCCUCUCAACUGCUCUAUUUACCUGUCACCACAUUAUCUACCCAUUCCCCUGACAAUACUCACUCCAGCUCCCUCUCCUUAUAAAUGUCCUGCCUAAAUCUUAACUUCCACUGCUCGGAUCAACAGAACUGGAACGAAUAUAACAAACUAUUUUCCUUGCUACCUUCUCACUUCCCACUUCUCUCCCCCCCCCCCCCACCCCUGCUUCUAUUUGGACUGAUGGAGGUGCAUUCCAAUGCCUGUGACCUGUGCAGCUAAAGGCGUGGUUGCCAAUGAAGGAACAACUGCAGUACUGAGACGGCUCCAACACAAAUGUGACAUUUGGGCAAAAUGAUUCUCCAUCAACGUGGAUGAAGAAGUUAGCAAUUCACAAACGUCUGUGAGGACAGGAAGAGGCAUAGAGGUAACAUUCUACAAAUGUGACUUAUUGAUGUCGACAAGAUCUCAAAGACCUAUACUUGUCAACCAAUUUUGAUGACCAAAACAAAAGCAUAUAUAUAGAUAUGUGAUGUGUGUGUGUGUGUAUAUAUAUAUUUACACACAGACACACAGACGCACACACACACAGACAGACACACACACACCCACGCACAUAUAUAUUUCCCUAGUUUCUUUCUUGUGAUUUCCUCUAAUUUGUUUAACAACCUUUUUCUUUCUCUCUCUCUGUCUCUCUCUCUGUCUGUGUGUGUGUGUGUCUCGCUCUCUCUCUCAAAUGUACAUAUAGAUAUACACACAUAUAUGCAAUUAUAAUAUUGUGAAUAAUAUAUAUAUAUAUACACAUAUAUGAAACCCUAAUAUUGUGAAUAUUAGGAUAUAUAUAUAGUAUUUCAUAUGUAUACAGUGAAUAUUAUUGUGAAUAAAAUAUAAUAAUAUUGUGAAUAAAAUAUCCAUGAACACGUCAAGAUAUUUUUCCAUUCUUUCUUUCUAUAUUAGUGUAAUAUAAUGUAAUGAGUACAUACCUACAUAUUUAUAUUCAGCCGAUUAGUUGGUCAAAUAACAUGCUUUUGCUUUUUCUUGAGACUUCUCAUAAUGACACAUUUGUGGGUGAGCAGUAUAUUGCACCAAUACCUGCAAUUUCAAAUAAUUCUAAAUUGAACUUCAUAAACAAGGAAAACACUUUUUAUUUGCGUCAUUUUAUUAAUCUAUCUAUUUAUUUAUUUAUCUAUUUAUUUAUUUAUCUGUUUGUUUAUUUAUUUAUCUAUUUAUUUAUUUAUUUAGAGCGGAAUACAAUAAUUGUUCAACAUAUAUAAAACGACAUUUGAAUAACCAGCGUUGGGUUCGGCGGGUUAAUAUUAUGUAAAUUAUGUAAAUAUUACCAUGAAUUGGUCACUCAACAGGAAGAAUGAGAACCUCCCGUUACCUACACAAAAUUGUGCAAAUGACGUUUUAUUUAUUAUUGUAUAUAACUUGGAAAUAUUGUCCUUUGGGAUCAGCAAGGGUGGGGCUAUCAUUGUUUGAAAUACAUUGAAUUUUAGAUCACUCAGCUGAUUGGUUAGCUGAUAUGCGAAACACUGCAACAUUGUAUAUCUUAUGCACAAAAUUAUGUAAAUAUUACCAUGA